AUGUCGCAUGAGGUGUUUUGUCUUAGGGAACUUAAACAGAAGUUGUCAUGUAAAAUUGAUAGCAUUGCCACCGCACGAAAUCUCUUUUUUCUUGGCACAAGUGAUGGGAAAGUGAUGGUGUACGAGGUCUCUCUCCAAAACCGUGACGCCCAAUGUGUUUACAUCCACAAUUCCAAGCACAAGCUACCCAUCCGUAUGAUCAUUCCUAUUGUGGAAAAGGGGAUUUUGCUUGUUCUUGCGGGUGACGUUAUUGCAGUACACCAGCUGAGCCACAUAACUCAUGCCCCGUUGGACAGCCUGCCGGAGGAUCGGCUACCAGAAAUGAAUACCGUCAAGGGGACUAAAGAUAUCGUCACAUUACACGUGAAGCGUCAAAGGGGCAUCUUUUCCAUGGCGGUCCUUCAGCGCAAAAAAAUUACAUUGUACGAGUACAGAGACCACUUGAGUGAGUUUGUGAUGGUGAAUGACGGAUUUCUGCUGCCGGACGGCGCCAAGACGCUCCUUUGGGUAGGGAAGAAUAUUAUACUUGGUUUUCGUCGUGAAUAUGUCAUCAUGAAUGUUUUGAGUGGUGCCACGGACUACCUGUACCCCACCGGAAAGAGUGGCAUCCCCCUGCUCCUUUCACUGGACCCCGUGCCGGAGGUACUCGUGGGGGACGAAAACAAAGGCAUGCGGGCGUUGCAUGACGGCAGUCUUGUCCCGGGGAGGAGCGGGAUGUCGUGGUCGUCGAUCCCCACCAAUGCAACGUACAUUCACCCCUUUCUUCUCACUGUUCAUGACAACAACUGCAUGGAGGUGCGACUGCCAUUUUUUACUGCCCACGCUGAGGCAUCGGAUUUGUCGCCGUGGCAAACCCUCAGCCUGAAGGGCGCCGAUCGCAUCUCGCAGCGACCCUUUGCGGACUUUGACGCCAGUUUGCCAAAAGAGGCAACACCUUCCGAUGCGUUGCGGAAGGACAUCAGUAUUUUGGUGAGUAGUAACAACACCGUGUAUCUGCUUGAGCUGCUUCCUGUGCGAGAACAGGUCCUGGCGCUGGCAUCUUUGAACUGCGUCGAGGCGGGUCUGAUUCUCUGCCAGCUUUGCGCCAACGAGGUGGAUCAGGCAACAGUGGAUAGCCUUAAGACUCAGUUUGCACUUUGGAGCUUCCAUGCCAAGAAGGAUUUUAAGACGGCUAUGCUACGUUUUCGCGACGCCAAUGUCGAUCCACGACUUGUCAUUGACCUCUUUCCAGGGUUCCUUACGAAGCGUGCACGGGAGACAUGGCACCCACCGAAGGAAUACACACGCUCACUCGACACGACAGAUCUUGCAAUGGACAUGCGGAGUGCCAUCACGGCUUUUCUUGAUUACGCACUUCCACUGCGACGGGAAUAUGCGACGGAGGAAAAAACUGUGCUGGCGGAGGCCAUUGACACCGCAAUUAUGAAAGCAUACGUUGUCAUGGGACAAGAGCAGCAGUUGCUAUCAUUUCUUGCGGAGGAGAAUUUUUGCUCCCUUGCCGAGUCCGAGGUCUUUUUAGUGGACAGCGAGCAAUGGGUGGCAUUAAUUACACUAUGGUACUUUUACAAGCAAAACCACAAAAGUCUAGCGUUACUCUACACACUUGGCACAACAAGGGAACGAGUCUUGUUGGAAUCGCUCUUAACGACAUCAUUUUCUCGAGGGAACUUGCCCUUUGACACGGAGUUCCUGCAUAUUCUUCAUUUGCUGUUGGCGAACUCACUCGGUAAAAGUAGCAGCAACAGAGUUCUCUCUGACCGAAGGGAUCGAAGGGCUAAUUUUAUACCGCAAAGUGUGAUGAUGCGGAUUCUUGACGAGAUUGCCGUGAAUGCGGAUCCGUCGCAUCAACUGGGCCUUUUACGGCGUUGCGUCAGCGUGGUGACGACUAUAACUUACAUAUCGCUGCUCUCAUGGGAUGAGCAGGAGGAAAGGGCGUUGGUGGAACAAUAUUCUCGAUGGAUUCUCGCCAAUGUCUCUCCGAGGUGGUCUGUCAAGAUGUUCCCUGUUACAGAAAUUCAGCCGAAGCACUACACCACCGUUCUUCGACUUCUUAGUAGCGACAUGGGUGACAUGGGCGACACACAACCCCAUGAGCGCCGUGCUGAAUGGUUGUCUUUGGUUUUUGAUAACGCAUGCAACGUGAAAAUAGACGCGUCUAUUCACGAUGCAUAUUUUCAAAGCCUGGUGCAUCUUCUGCUGUCUACCUUUUCCCAAGAAGGCGACGGGGAUAAUAACGAAGAAAAGAAGGAGAGAAGUCGGAUAUCAGAAUUACAUCAACGCUUAGAAAACUUUCUGCGUUUGUCGGAGCACAUUGACAUUUCCAACGCACGAAAACUUUUGGAACAGCCGAAUUUGCGAAGUCACAUGUAUGCUGAGCGUGCCAUCAUUUAUCGUCGGCUUGAGCUGCAUGAGGAGGCCAUUUGCAUGUUUCUUUACGAGGCAAAGGAGUUGCAGGCGGCGCAGGAAUACGCGAAACAUGUGGGCCAUGACGGACAGGACGCCUUUCAGGUUCUUUUGCGUCUUCUGCUUCACCCGAGCGAUGGGUGCACCUCAGCGCGGCUAGACGACGUCAUUGAAAUGCUCAACACAUGUGAGGGGGUAAACCUAUUGACGGCAUUGCCGAUGCUGCCGGAUGAUACGCCCAUCCUUCCAAUUGCGGGAUUUAUAAAACGGUCCAUUCGAGAUGCGUCAACGCGAAGCCGCAGCGCGGCGAUGAAUGCCAGUAUUCUUGAGGCACGUAUACGGCAGGCAGAGUUGAAGAUCGCGCUUGAGCGCUCAAGGCAGGUUGUAAUGGAUCUUGGUACGUGCUGUGCCGUGUGUGAGAAAAAGUUACGCCCGGACGUUGUUUUUGCGCGUUUUCCAAACGGUGUCGUGGUACACCAGGCGUGUAUGGAAGAUGAGCAUAUUUGUCCCAUCACUUACAAGGACUUUCGUCUCGGUAUUGAGCCAUUCGCUCGGGGAGCCUUGUGA